UCUGGUGGUCGUUGCAGUGCAGCGCGUUCGUUUGCUCGGUCAGAUGCAUGCGGAGGACCAUGAAAAGGGAAUUGACGGAGAGCCCGUUUUACCUUGACGUAAGACAUUACAGAAUGUUAUGGAUGCACAUUUACGAGCUGAUCGAAAAGAUGUCAUCGUCGGUCAGCCGCAUUUAUGGACUGUACAGUCUCGUCCUUUACAUGAAUCUUUUCGUCGCGGUUUACUGCACGGUUUCGAAGAUCCUGAGCCCUCAGGAAAUCGUCUUCACAGCAAGGUUCGUCGGGUUUGUUGUCUGCAUGUUUUAUUUCAGCAUUCAUCUCUACGUUGUUUCCAAUUCCGCUUACAAUAUGCACGAGGAAAUGACAAACGCCGUCAGAAACGACCUCCUCGACAUUCGUCUUGACAGAUUGUCAAAAUUUAACGCUAAAGAGGUCGAGUUUUUCCUCGAUACAAUCAAUGCCAGGAAAGUUGGACUGGUAGUGAGUGGGAAUCUCACGAUCAGAAGGAAAACCGUCAUCGAGUACGCUUCAUCGGUGGCGAUGUAUUGUCUCGUUCUGCUUCAAUUCAAGAUCGCUUUACCAAGGACGUGAGGUACCUAGUCCAGGUCAAAGGAUUGAAGAAGCAUGGAUUGAGACGAAUUUUUGGGAGCAAUGACCCUGCAAUUAGUAUCGUUUGGCAUGUAUCAAUUAACUUAUUGUUAGCCGUAGAUUACAAAGAAGUUCUGAAAUUCAUCAGCGAUUAGAUUCGCAUUAUGGAAAGUAAUUUAAGACCCCCUCGCGCUAUCGAAACUGACCGAUUUUUACCGCAAA